UAAAAUUUGUUGUCGAAGCGUGCGGUCGGUUCGUCGGUUGUGCGGUCUACGAUGUUUUAACAAACAAAAUAUAUACAAAAAAGAAGUGUCGAUAUCAAAAUAUGUAUUGUUGAUAUACCCAACAAAUGAAACAAAACAUGUGUCUACGCCAAUAAAUAGCGCGAGCAACAACAAUAACAAGCAAACAAAUCAAAUACAGACUGGAAACGCGUGAUCUUAAAAUACGUAAAUUUUUUUGUUUAUAACGCACAACGAAAACGAAUUGGACUAAAACUGCAACAACAGUUUGCCGCAUCAGCAGCAAAAACAACAACAAGACCAACAACAACAACAAUUGCUAGGCGAUUUUCAUAUUUGCAUGGCCUAGCAUAACCUACCUAUUAAAGCCUUUUUAUGAACCCAACGAAUACUACAAGAAACCUCCUCAGCUGAACCAUCACUUUUGAAAAGAGAAACGUAAAAUAUUGACAAUAAAAUAAUUAGCACAAAUUGCUAAUGAAAUUUGACACCUCCAACAACAAGAGUAACAACGACAACGGCAACGGAGACACAGACGGCGAAGGCAACUGCAACCUAAAGUUGAUGGCCCUCUGUGUGUGGGUGGCAACAAAUUAGAGAGCUGUAUCGCUUUUAUUGAUAUCGACGCCGACUCUUAUUUGCCGAUCAUGAAGUUCAUAAUGACGAUGAUGAUGAUGUUGUUGUUGACCGAUUGACCAGCACUAGCACCAUCAGAAACACCACAAAAAAAAAAAACAGAACAGAGGCGUACGACAGCCGAAGCUGCCAUGUGGAACGACCGAGAGAUAAAGCCAACAACACAUUGAACACAGAACAAAGCAUAUCGACAGUAAGAGAGAAGGAGAGAGAGUGAGGCACACUCUCAGUAGGUGAAAGAGACCAAAAGAUUGCGUGAUUCAGAUAGCGCAUAUCAAAGAGACAAAACAUCACACACACACAGACACAAGAUGGAGACCGAGUCCAUGGAACAGGAUGUUAUGCUCGACGGCAGCGAAGAUCUGAUGUCUACAUCAAACACAUCAUCCACAAAUGGCGCUGGCAGCGACACAAAUGGUUGCUCCAAGAAAACGUCCAUAACGUCGCCCGAUCCAACAUCGUAUGUGGCAAAGGCGCGUGUCACACGUCCCACGCCCCCGCCGCCCUCAAAGAAUCCCAUGCAAUUUGUGCAGAUCAAACCGUGCAAUUUAUAUCAAACCGCACAGCAGCAGCUCAAAAAGGCCGAGGAGGUCAAAAAACUGAAGGAGGUGAAGAAAGAGGAGCCCGAAGAAUGGCAAAAUAACCUUGACAAUUGGAAAUCAUCACGGCGAAAACGUGUCGAACACAUCAUCGAUCGUGUGGUUGAAACGAAGAAGCUCGAGCUUGAGGAACAUGAUCGCACGCGACGAAAAUCGAAAACAUUUACCGAAAUGAUGGAGGAGAGAGCUGAACGCGGCGGUUCGAGAGGACGCGCUAAAUUGGCAUCGCUGGCUGUUUACAACGAGGAUGAGGCAAAUGAUUUCAGUGAUCUGGGCAUCGGCACCAGCAGCGCCAGUGGCAAGAGCAGUUUGUCCGAGGAUUACGACAACAAUAGCGUUACGAGCGACAAUCCGGUUGAACUGGACAAAGCCGCAGGCGCAGCUGGCGACGAAAGUACAGAGCAGCAGCAAAACCACAUCAAUAGGAACCGCCUUGGCAAUGGCAACCAAGUUGCGGCCAGCACAUCGAAUGCCAGCCAACAGCAGGCAACUGCUGCAGCAGGAACAGCAACAUCAAUGGGGGCUGCCACACGCGAGUACAUCUCAUCGCCUGGCUACGAUACGUCGUCGAGCACAGCGGCAGCCAGCUCGCCUGAUCCUUGUGAAUACACCUACGAGGGCGCCAUACAGGACUACAAGCAGCGAGUGCAACGUGCCAGCAGCAAUGGCAAGAUCAGCAAUGGCAACAAUGGCGCAGCAGGCGAGACUAUUAUUGGCUAUCCGACACGACGUGGCAGCAAGAUCGAGGAUCGUUUGAGUGGCUUCGAGGUGACCUCGCCCAGUGACACGCAGGAGGGUGCGGAAAAGCAAAAGGUGGAUGUGCCCAAGGUGGAUAUAUCGAAGCGCAAGGAAAUCUUUGAGCAACGCGACACAGAGCCAAAGUCCAACCUGGCCAACGGUGGUGCAGUUCCGCCACCCAAGCUGGUGCUCCGCGAGCGUCUCACCAAUGGCAAUUCGAAUGGCAAUGCCAAUGGUGCCCCAGCAGCUGCCGCUGUUGAGGUGAAGCGUCUGUCGGGCGAUUUGACCAGCAUACGGGAUCGCAUGCAGAGUCUGGAGCAGCAGCGCAAUGCGUUCAACUCCAGCAAGAGCGUGGAUGUGCCUGUGCCGCCACUGAAGCAGCGUCUGAAUAGCCUGCAACAUGCUGUAACCAAAGAGGAGCAACAAAAGAAGCCACCACUUGUGGCGCUCAUCGAUGCACGUCAGCUGGAGAUUAUGCGCAACGAGGAGCAGCGCAUGCGCCAACAGCAGCAGCAACAAAGGGAGCGUGAACAAAAGCUGACGCAGCCGCCCACAUUGAUUGUAGAGGAACCGGCGCCAGUGGCAGCCACGCAUGAUGACAGCGGCAUACAGGCGGAUCAGCAGGAGGAGCUGCUUAAGGAGCAGCAACAGCAGCAGCAGCUAAACGAAGCCAUUGCCGCCCUGGCUCUGGAGGAGCGUCAACUCGAAGAGGCGGCCAAUGCUGUCAAUCAAAUUGAGGCGGAGUUCGAUGAGUUGACCGAUUUGCAGCCAGCAGAGUUGCCCAAGCCAACAACAAAGGCAGCAGCACCAGCAACUGUUGCUACUGCAGCAGCAGCAACACAUGCAGCAACAGCAGCGCAACAGACGCAGCCAGCGCCCAGAGACAUGGAAUUUAGUAUCAACGAAGCUCUUGAUUUGGCGCUGGAGGCUAUUGACAGAGAGUCCAGCAGCAAGCCGGAGGAGGAGCAGCAGGAGGAGGAGGAGGAGCUGAUCGUGGAGGAGAAACAACUACAUAGACAGAAUACUGAAGAUAAAGUGAAAAUGGUGGAGGAGGUGAAAGAGGUGAACGAGGUGAAGGAGAUGCAGACGGAGACGAGGAGCGCAGCAAUGCCAAAUAAAACCGAUGAGCAGAAGAAGAAGGAUGAGGAAGAGGAACAAAAGGAGCAAAAGGAACUACAGACCGUUGAUAGAAAGGAACCCAUCUAUGAGAACGUCAGCUCGACUAUAUCUAUGCAACAAGUAGAUAGUGAACAGGCAGCGAUGACAACGACGAUGAUCAUUAGAAGAAGCCACAGAAGAAGCAUUCCAAAUAAAAGCAACAAUAACAAUAACAAUAAUACUAAUAAUAACAACAACGAGCAUAAUCAAACUAACAACAAUAACAAUAACAGUAAUAACAAUCAAAAUGACAUAAUAACAACAAUAACGACAGCGGCUACAUCAACAACAACAGUAGCAGGAACAACAUCAACAACUAAUCCUGACUUGGAGCCAUACUAUCAAGUGCCCAAGCCAGCAGCCGAACCCUAUUACGAUGCACCCAAACAUCUGCGUCCCAUUCCCGUGUACGAGAACAUCGACAUCUUCUACACGGGUCUGGAGCUGGGUCACAGCAGUGUCACGAGUCUCGUGUCCGCCAUGGAGCCGCCCAAGGAGAAGCCACCGCCGCCGCCCAUCGAGCCGCCCACAACGGAAGAGAUGGAAGAUGCGCAUGCCCACGAUGAUGAUGAACUGGAUGCGGGCACCUGGUCAUCGGACAACACGUACGAGACCAUUUCCAGCAAUACGCGCCGACAGCUGCAAGCACAACAAGGACAGCUGUUGACGCCCAUGGCGCAGCCAUCGCCGCCCAUUAAGCGCAUGAACUCGACGAAGCGCAUCAAGAAGGAACUGCGCAACAAGCGUUCAAGUUUCCUGGGUAUCGAAACUGACGCGGAUCUGGACGAUGUGGAUAGCUAUCUGGAGCUGACCGUAGCGCCGCCACCGGAUAUGGCGCAACUGCUGCAGGAGGAGCGACGGCUCGAGAAGCAACUGUACAUCAAGGCGGGUCUCUGUGACAGUUCGGAUACAGGUGAGAGCCGCGAUUCGGGAGUCUCGGAGAAUCACUCGCGGCAAAGCAGCGAGCACUACACGAACUCCUCCGAGGAGAACGAUACACCAUCGGAGGCAACACCACCGCCAAUGCCGCCGCCACCAACAUCACAAGCGUUGGCGCCAUCGCAGCUCAGCGAGGUUAUCUAUCAGAAUGAGAAGCUCCUCGCAGCACAGACGCCUUUGCUGCAGACUGUCAAAGGCAACUCGGCGGAGUCGUGGACAGAGUCGGCAACAGCUGCUGCAGCAGCUACGCAAUCGUUGAGCGAAGCCACAGCCACGGCCAAUGCCAAGAUGUUAUCCAUCGAGGAGAAGAUACGUGAGCAGGGCGAAGUGUUGCGUGUGGAGCGAGAGUUGUUGCAGUUCUCGCAAGAGGAACUGAAGCGACAGCGUGAGAAUCUCUUGCUACGCGAGAAUUUGGCCCGACGCGAACUGCAGCAUGGCGCCAAGAUGCUGAUGUCGAACAAUCGCCGCUCGCUGCAGGAUCUGCAUCAUGGUCUGGGUAUUGGCAAUGGGAUGCUGUCGGCCUUCCAACCGCCGCAGCCGCAGUUGCCCCAACAGCAGCAAUUGCAGCUGCAACAGUCAGCGCAGCAGAUCUAUGCGAAUGUGCCACAACAACAGCAGCGACCGCCGCUGCCGUCGCAGCAUGCAUUGUCACAGUAUCAUUACCAGCAACUGGACACGGACUAUCGCAAGUCCAUGUCGGAUCUGAAUGAGUUCUCCAAGCGUCUCAUGCUGCCAGGGACGCCGCCAACGCCGCCCACAAAGCCAUUGCGUGCCAUGCACCUGCCUACCAAUGGCCAUGGCCUGGAGCCCGAUUAUGCCGUCAGCUCGCGACAGCGCAUCCCAAGCAGCAGCGCCUAUGGUGGCUCGCUAGUGAAGAUUGCCGGCGCGCCAAUGCCAGCAGCGCCAGCAACGCGUAUCACUGCGAAUCUGGCGGCCGCCUAUCAUCAUCAGUCAGCCCAGAAUCUGAGCAACAUGUCGCGCAACACGCUGCUGGCAUUGAGUGCCACGCCCAAGCCCAAGUACACAGAUGGCUGGGUGCAAGUUCAACAGCAACAGCAGCAGCAACAACAGCAACGCAAUCUGGCCAAUGAUGCAGCCUGGUUGCAGAAGCGCAAAUCUAUGCCGGACUACAAUGGAGCGCUCUACAACAAUGGCCAUGCCAAUCACUGGUUGCUGCAGGAAGCGGAACAUCGCCGUUUGCUUGAGCAGCAGCAGCAACAGCAGCAGAUGCAGCUGAAUAGGCGCUCAAUGCCCGCUGCUCCAUCUAAUGGAAAGCCCUUACCGGAUUCCAUUAUACAAACACUCACAGAGCGUGUGCAGAGCAAGGGGAUUGGCGAACGCAAGCGUUUCGAUGGCAAUGCCAACUACAGUCAGCUGAAUAGCAAUGGCAUGGGCCUCAAACCGCUAAGCAACAACAACAACAGCAGCAACAUCAUUAACAACAACAGCAACAGCAGCAGCAGCAACAACAAUACAAACACAAACACUGCCAGCAAUCAGGAGAAGGUGCUCAGCGUCAGUGGCAAGAAGAAGUGCUCCCAUUGCGGUGACGAAUUAGGACGCGGAGCUGCCAUGAUAAUUGAAUCCUUGCUACUGUUUUAUCACAUCAACUGCUUCAAGUGUUGCGUCUGCCACGUGCAACUCGGAGAUGGAUUGAAUGGCACCGAUGUUCGUGUGCGGAACCACAAGUUGCAUUGCCAGAACUGUUAUUCCAGCGACGAUGGCAUCAAGUUCAGCUGCGUUUAGAUCGAAGACUAUACCAUAUCUAUAACUGUACUGUAUUGAAUAGUUGUUGAAGUUAACUUGUUGUUAGUGUGGCAACCUUCGAUUAUUGUUGUUGUUGUACUAAUACAUAAUACAUGCAUAAAUACAUAGAUACAUUGUACUACAAACAUACAUACAUAUUUAAUGUUAUAAACAAACGCAAAGUCAAAAUAUCAUUAUGAAACAGUUUUCAGCUUAAAGUUAAUACCAACGAAUAUUGCAACGUUCAAAUUCGCUGUUCGCAAAUUGCAAAAUUCAUUAAUUAAUUGAUAAAUGUUUUCGAUUCAGAUUUUAACUUUUUAUAUAAUAUUAUAUGUGCAUGUGAAUGUAUACAUAUGCCUAUUUUAAAGCCAAGCUCUCUUACUCUGUCUAUAUCUGAUGUUUUUUGCCAAGUCAAAGUCAAAUUCUAUAUAGACAUACAUAUAUGUGUGUCUAUAUACUUAUAUAUAUACAUAAGAUUUAAUGUGUGUUGAAACCAUAUAAGAUGAUAAAUUUCUAUGAAUGUUGUUGAAUUUUUUUGGAAAUUGUAUAUUGCCUACAGACAGAUAUAUAUAUACCUACAUAUAUAUAUAUAUCCUUGUUCGAGAAAUUUAUAUUGUAUAUUAAUUAUAAAACAUGCUGAAUUGUCUAUUAGCAGAAACAAAUAUUUACAGACUCACACACACAUUUACACAAAUCCAUUGUUUAUUCAAAAUUUUGUAAUCUUUUAAGCAAAAUUUGUUAAUUAACUUUGAAGACCAGCUCCUGAAAUAUACAUAUAUACAUAAAAAAAACCUUCACGACGUACCCCAUGUACCUUAAAUUAUAUACUACACAUACACACGCAGACACUAACACACAUACAUACUUACAUAUCUGCAUAGAAGAAGAAGAAGCAGCGAUUUUAAUUCUAAUUGUCGUUAUUAAUUGUAUAACAUGAUAUAACAUUUGUAUUUAAUAUAUACAUAUAUACAUAUAAAUAUAUACAUAUGUAUUUUCUUA